AUGAAGAUGUUGUCUGCAGAUGCAUGCAAGUUGUUGCUCCUUGUCUAUUUUACGUCUCUGGCUCUUGGUUUCAUCGCAGGAUGGUGGAAGGUAAAAAUUUAUGUGAGGGCUGAGUGGGCGAGUCACGAGUCAAACAAUUGCAAAAUGAGAACGGUUCCUAUUCUCAUGUUUGAUCCAAAUUUUCCAGGUCCCAGCAUCUACAGGAAUAAAUAUAAACUAUCGAGAUACAUCGUCGCAAGGCAGUACUUGGAAUUUGAGCCGAUCCUUUACAACGGCCAGAAGCUAAGAACUGCUGAACUUCAAGACCAUACAAAUGAACCGAAUCACUUAUGUAAUAGAAAGCAUUUUCAUGUCAUAAAUCGCAAGACGUCCUGGUUUGAAGCCGAGAAGCUCUGUUCCAGGAUUGCUCCCAAUGGAAAACUUGUCAGCAUAAGAUCCCAACAGGAUCAAAAUUGUAUCAAGGCCUACUUCAAUAGCCACAAGCCCGAUACAAGCGCGUGCCAAAAAGACUUCUGGACAUCCGGUCGGUACAGAGGGAAUGGAUUCGUGUGGGCGGCAGAAAAUAGUAAAUUUUCCUUCAAGAACUGGAGGCGGAAUGAACCAAACAGACUGGCUGGAGAGGAUUGCGUACACAUCUGGGGCUACGAGGAUUAUAAGUGGAAUGAUAUAAACUGCGACGGUCGCAGGUUCUUGAAUCUAGGGGACAUCUGUGGCUGGGAUGCUCUAAACCAAAAAUCUCCAAACCAUAAGGACGUCCGUCAUGUUGAAAUAUUCCGUGCUAGAAUUUUAAAAGUAAAAAUUUAUAAAAUCCAUGAGUUUGUCAGUUCAAAGAACUUCCUACUAUUGAAAAUACCAAAAAAAAGUAUUUUGAAAAAGAAAACUUACUUGCAAAGCACUGAAUCGCCAUAUUCUCUAAUGAUAGUGAAGGAAACGUGCAAGUGGUCAACCGUGAAAUAUUAUAACGCCGCACGGCCUUCGCACUGCCCCCUCUAA